CUAGCUAGUGGUUUCGUGAUACGCAACUGCAACAGUUAAGCAUAAACAGUUAAAUUCGCCGGAAUAUUUUUUUUUUAUUAAAAGCUGCGCCGCCGCUGUUUUCGACGUUGAAAUUAGUUGGCUCUGUGGCGUGUCGUUCAGUUAGCUCGUCAGCUUUUAUGGGUAUCCAAAUUAGCCGUGACGUCACCUGAUCUCACAUUUCGGACACGUCAAGGUUCCCUGUGUUUGCAUCUUGAGUUUUGGGGGCUGUGAUGUCAGAGCCCAGGACCCCCAUACCCAGCCCUGCUGGUGACACCUACAAAGGAUGGGUGUUCAAGUGGACAAAUUACAUCAAAGGUUAUCAGCGGAGGUGGUUUGUCCUCAGCAAUGGGUUGUUGUCAUACUACAGGACCCAGGCAGAGAUGGGCCACACAUGUAGAGGUACAAUCAACUUGGCCACAGCAAACAUCACAGUGGAAGAUGCUUGCAAUUUUGUCAUCUCCAACGGUGGGACACAGACCUAUCACCUGAAAGCCAGCUGUGAGGUGGAACGUCAGCGUUGGAUCACAGCACUGGAGCUGGCCAAAGCCAAGGCAGUCCGCCUGCAGGCUGAGUCAGAUGACUCUGGGGAUGACUUUUCAUCAUCCUGCCCACCUGUGCCACCUGGACAAGGUGGUGGGUCACAGAAUUCUGAAGUUCAGUCUGCUCUCAGAACGCUGGGAAGCAAAAUGGAGGAUCUCAGCACUUGCAAUGACUUAAUCUCAAAGCACGGUUCUGCCCUCCAGAGGUCUUUGUCGGAACUCGACAGCUUGCGUCUGCCUGGAGAAGCUGGAGAUAAGAUUCGUCAAGUGACAGAACGGGCCACAUUGUUUCGGAUUACCUCGAACGCUAUGAUAAAUGCGUGCAGAGACUUCCUUGCAUUGGCUCAGACACACACCAAACGAUGGCAGAAGGCCUUUCAGGCAGAACAUGAACAGCGGGUGAGGCUGGAGGAGACCUUAGAGCAACUUGCCAAGCAGCAUAAUCACCUGGAGAGAGCAUUCAGGGGGGCAGCACAGGCUAACGCUACUGCCAACAGCAAAAAUCCUUCUGGCCUUGGAAAGGGUGAAGCAAGUGAUGAUGACGACAAUGAGUUCUUUGAUGCCAUGGAAGAGGCGCCUGAGUUUAUUACUGUUCCUGCAGACCCACAGUUCCACAAGCGGUCAAGCAGUAAUGUCAGCGGCUUCAACAGUGAACUGUGCCCCGAUGAUCAGUCGCUGAAUGAGGAGCCUCUAGCAAACAACCAGGAUUCUCCCUCACUGGAAGUGUUGCCCGUUAAGAAGAGGCGGACUCGGAUCCCGGAUAAACCCAACUAUUCUCUAAAUCUUUGGAGUAUCAUGAAGAACUGCAUCGGCAAAGAGCUGUCCAAGAUCCCCAUGCCCGUGAACUUUAAUGAGCCCAUUUCAAUGCUGCAGCGGUUAUCGGAGGAUCUCGAGUACCAUGAGCUACUGGACAAAGCCGCAAAGUGCCACAGUUCCCUUGAGCAGAUGUGCUACGUAGCUGCGUUUUCAGUGUCGUCUUACUCCACCACCAUCCACCGCACGGGCAAACCAUUCAACCCUUUAUUGGGCGAGACGUAUGAGCUGGAUCGCCGGAGAGAGAGCGGCUACUGCUCUCUGUGUGAGCAGGUGAGCCAUCACCCUCCGGCAGCAGCCCAUCACGUAAUCUCCGAUCGUGGUUGGACACUGCGGCAGGAAAUCACAGUGGCAAGCAAGUUCAGGGGAAAAUACCUUUCCAUUAUGCCUUUAGGAACAAUUCAUGCAGUUUUCGAAAAGGGCAACAAUCAUUAUACAUGGAAGAAAGUCACCACCACCGUGCACAACAUCAUUGUUGGAAAACUUUGGAUCGAUCAGUCUGGAGAGAUAGACAUAGUGAACCACACCACUGGAGACCGCUGCCAUUUGAAGUUUGCGCCUUACAGCUACUUUUCCAGAGACGUUGCCAGGAAGGUAACUGGGGUGGUGAUGGACAAGGAUGGCAAGGCUCACUUUGUGCUGUCGGGCACAUGGGAUGAGAAGAUGGAGUUCUCCAAGGUGAUGCAGAGCACCCGGGGGGCUGAGAACGGUGCCGAGGGCAAACAGAAGACUGUUUAUCAAACUCUCAAGGCCAGAGAAGUCUGGAGGAGGAACGUUCUCCCAGAGGGUGCGGACACCAUGUACUAUUUCACUUCCUUGGCGCUCACGCUGAAUGAGCCAGAAGAAGGCGUGGCGCCCACGGACAGCAGGCGACGGCCCGACCAGCGGCUGAUGGAGGAGGGUCGGUGGGACGAGGCCAACGCUGAGAAGCAGCGACUGGAGGAGAAGCAGCGCAAUGCCCGGCGUGAGCGAGAGCGCGAGGCUGCCAGCCAUCGCACCUCAAGCCAAUCAGAAGAAGCCGCACCUCAUGACAACUACAGAGCGCUUUGGUUUGAGCGCUGCGAGGACCGAAUCACAGGUGAGCAAGUUCAUAUCUAUAACGGAGGCUACUGGGAGGCCAAGGAGCGGAGCAGCUGGGAGGCGUGUCCAGACAUAUUUUGACCUCAGCGCAAGCUAUGAAGCACGCUGAAGAGACUGACACAUCGAAGCCCUGUUUGCCUUCAGCGGCUGGUUUCCUCUCCAGCGGCUCUCUGUUCUAAGAGAUCUGUCUGGUCCAGAGGGCGAACAGGGUUUUUUUUUUUUUUUUUUUUUGUGCCCCUCCAACCGCUCUCAUCCCGUCUGAGCAUCGACCCCUGCUGCUGUUACACAUCUGAAAGGACUGGAAGGAAAAGAUGUCUUUGUGUAUCCCGUUCUGCUUUGAUAGGGGUCUGGGUGAUGAAAAGGGAAAGGGGGUGGAAUGGGCAGUGCUUCCAAACAGACAGUAGACCGUCCUUCCAGUCUGUUUUUUCACAUCUCUGUUGGCUCUGUUAAUGAUCAAGAGCAGGAGAGGUUCAUGUGACACGUCUCCUCCACUGUGCUGGUAGCACCCUGAGGUCAUGUAGUGUUUUGUUUCCUUUAGAGUUUCACCCAAUAAUGAUUUUUACCCCUCUCCGUGAAUUGAUUAAUCAUUUAGUCUGGAACGUGUCUACGGUUUCCUGGCACCUUUUUAAACUGCAGAUCUUGUGCGGUGAUGGUUUUGUUUACAGUAACUUUGUUUAAAUAAUAACAAAAAUCAAAUCGCCACAUUUGAGCGAGAUGAGCCAGAGGAACUUAUGAAAUUUUUACUCGAUAAAUGAUUAAUCCGUUAUCAGAAUGCUUAAUUUUCUACCACACCUGUUCAGUGAAUGUUUGCGCAAUUGUGUUCCAGUUAACAUCCACAGCCGUACGUGCUUUGAUAGUAAAAUGACGAUGAAAGUGGUAUGACCAGAUUAUUGUGUUUGUUAAAAUCUUGACUGGUGGCCUUUAAGAAGUUGGUAAAUAUUUGCUUAUUUCUUCAAUUUAGUGUCUUAAUGAAAUGAAGGCUCUAGUGUAUUUCGUGGGGGAAUUAGUUUGUACUCUUGACUGCCAUUGUGCACUACACAGUAUAUUACAUUUUUAAAAAUGCA